AUGAGUAUCUACUCCUACACCAGGCCGCGGUUCAUCCUCCUAGGCUUGGCCAGUCAGCGUUGCUCGAUAGAGUCGUCGAUCUUCACUACUUGGCUCGGCAGGCACGGUGAUGGCGUGGAGAGGGGUCCUGAGGAUUUCACCACCUGGAAUAGUACCUCUCCUGUUUUGGGGGACGUCUCGGAGUCUGAAAUCCUCAUCCUACUGAGGCCAUGGGCGACAGAUCCAGCAGGGGUGGCCAACAGCGCGGUGAAAGCAUUGACCUACUUCGGAUUGAAGGAAAAGGACUUGGCGCUGGUCCAUGGCUUGCCUUUCCUGGCUCGAGGGAAGUACCGAAUACAGCACGCCCUCUAUCCGCAGAGGGUGGGAGAGGAGGUACCGGUGACGUUAGUGAACCAGAAGCAGCCUAGAGUGUAUGCUUAUGACAAAGUGCCCGAGUUGGUGGCGCUAUCGACGUUGGCUAAGGCGUUGGGAACUACCUUCUAUAAGCGCAUCGAGAUUGGCACGAAGCUUGUCAGGAGUAAUAGGGCACCGUCUUGGGAAGUUUUCCCGGAGGUUGCGAAGGAGGCCCUUGCGAGGAUCCACGGCAGUUGGCAUGAGAGUACUUUAUUCGAGGACGACUGUGACAGGUCGAAGGUGUUUGCUCGGGCGUUGCCAAGUGCGAAGGAGUUUGGUGACGUUGGAGAGAGCCAGCCUAUCAACACGUGGAGACGAACGGCUGAUCUGACGAAGGAUCCGAAGCCGGUGGGACUGCAGCAAUCGGGAGGGACGAGGGGACAGGGGAGUGGUAAGGCAGGGAGGGGCCGGGAGGAGCUGCUGACGAGGGUGCUACAGCGGAGAGAUGAUAGCGGGGGCAUGGGUGUUGGUGGGAAGAUGAAGUACGACAGGGAGGCUAUUGCGAGGAUACUGGCGGAGACGGACGAGCAUUUGAUGGGGAUCGGCAAAGGGCCUCGGAGGUCUCUGCCUAGAGAACUUCAUGGCUCAUACGAGGUGGCCUCGACGAUGCUUAGACAACAAGAAGCAAUUGACCAUCUCACCAACGAUUUGCACAGUGUCAAGGAUGCACAGGCUACUUCGUCCAGGGAUAUACUUGGUGAGUUGACGAGUUCGACCAAGGCAGUGGAGAGGAAGGUGUUGGGGGAACUAGCAGCAAUACGGAGGGAGAUGGGAGCAGUGAGGAACGACUGUAGACGGCAGUCCAUAGAAAGGGAGAGCGUUUCGCCUGUCUGUACCAAGAGCUGCUCUGACGACCAGAUUACGAGGGACCAGCUGAGUGUGAUGGACAGGUCUCUACAAGCUAGGAUUGACGCUAUUGAGAAAGCACUAGAUGCGAAACUGGACGGGUUCCAGCAGGCUGUGGAAAAAUCACUUCUGGUGAGGGUGGCGAACGUUGAGAGGAAGAUGGGCGACAUUUCGCCCAAGCUGGAUUGCUCUAUAGAGGGUGUGGAAGACUCGAUGGCUCGGAUGAGGAGGACGGUGAGUGGGCAGGAGGAUGCUAUGGGCCGGCUACAGAGGGAGAUGGAGGGUCGGAGAGGGGUAGAGGAGGAGCUGUUGGCGAUGAAGGGCAUCGUGGAGUCGCUGGAGAAGGAGAGAGUUCGCCGGGAGGCUAGGACGGAGGAGUUGUCGAAGGGCCUGGUAGCUUUGGAGAGACGAGUGAAUGAACAGAAGAACAGGUUGGAAGGGUUGGAUGGGGAAUCAAAGAGGGAAAUUGCGGAGGUGCGAAGGGUUGCUCAGGAGGGGUUAACAGCGGCAGGACCGGAGUUUGAGAAGAAACUGGCGGCUGUGCUUCAACGUAGUGUGGAGAAGCUGAAACUGGGAGGAGUCGCUGGUCAGGGGGAUAAUAGGGUAACGUUACUCGAAGGGAAAGUUGCAAAACUCACGGAGCAGUUUGACGUUCUUGAGGCUAUAUUGGAGAGGGACUGGCGGAAGCUGGAUGAGCUAUGGAGUAAUAGAGGGUGUGAAGACGUGAUUGCGAUGAUAGAGGAAAGUCUGGUGCAGGAUAGGGAGAAGUUGGGCGAGUUGUGGUAUCGAUAUACGGAGGAAAAUGGGUGGGAGGAGAGGAUCGAGAGGAGGGUGGAUCAGUUGGAAGCUGAUAAGAGUGAGCUUGCUGAUAAGGUGAGUGCAGUUGACGGGGUGAUGGGGACAGUGAAGGGAAUUCGGGAGAUGGGCGAGGACCUGCGAAGGACGAAGGAGGAGGUGGCGGAGUUGAGGGGAUUGUUGGAAGGCAUGGAACGAAGAGUAGCUGGUGUGGUACAACGCACGGGCGAUUUUAAUGGAGAGAAAAAGACUGGAGAUGAUAACACUGUUGCGGAAACUGAGAGUAAUGAAGGUGUAAUUCAAAAGCCUUCUUUUAGCGAGUUCUCGAGUAGUGAUGACGUCGUGGUUGUUUUGGGUGUACCCGAACAGGAUAAGGAAGAGGGCGUUGGUCGGGAGGAGGUCAACCAAGGAGAGUUGGAAGGUGUAGCGCGAGAGAGUCCAUCGGCUGCAUCUCCCGGAACACCCGCCGUUCCGCAAUGGAGUAAAGAGGAUGAGUUGUCCGGGCUGAGCAGCGACUUGGAUGUUUCGGAGCCUCUCAAUGAGACUAAGAAUGACAAGUUUUCGGCUGAGGCGAGUCGUGACAGAUCCCAGGUACCCGCAGCGUCGGGUCCCUCGUGUCCAGAGGCGCAAGACUCUGCUGGGCCCGAGCAUUCUGUCGUUAGGAACAGAAUUGUAGUUGAUAUGCGUCAAGAGACAGAAGAGCCUCGACUAGCCUCCUCUCAUCUGGUCUUGACAGCUGAACGGGAGUUGGACACAUCAGUGGAGGCGGCGUCGGACGUUGAGUCGAUCCCAGAAGAGCCUGGCUUGGAUGGAGACACAGAGAAGGGCGCAGCUGGGGUGAUCACUGUGGAAGAGAUUGUCAAGGAAAAGGUGUCCUACGACGAUUGGGACGAGGAAGAUUUCGAGUUUUGA